AUGGCUACAUUUGGUCUAAGAGUGGAGACAGAUUUCACACACAACAUGCUGCAGAUCUUCACGGGACCAUUUUUGGACAAGCGUCGUGCAAGGGUGCAGCAGCCGGCGCUCUCCUUUCACUGGCCUUAUCAAGCUCUGCCAAAGCUGGAGUGUCGGUAUUGCCCAUACGUCACUGGACGGAAGCACUUGCUGAUAAGGCACGAAAGGACCCACACGGGAGAGAAGCCCUUCAAGUGCAGUUUCUGCACUUACGCCGCUGCUCAGCCGAUGACGCUGACGGCGCACGAGAGGAGGCACACCGGCGAGAAGCCCUACAAGUGUACCCUCUGCAGCUUUGCGGCCGCCACACGUGCGGGCAUCAGGUACCACAGGGUAACGCGUCACAACAAAGAGAAGGGAGACAGGCAAACUGGUGGCAGCCGCCCUACGUAA